AAGGGGAAAAUGGACGUGUACUCGGUUUUGUUAAGAGCCUACACACUGCCUUGCUGUCUACCAUGUGAACAACUUGUUGUGCUUCUCUCUCUCUCUCUCUUACUUACAUGCACACCCACCUCUUUCUAACCUUAAUUCCCAACUGGCAUUAUAUUAUAUUUUUCAUUAUAUAUAAAUAUAUAUAAAUAUACAGUCACCCCAAAAACAGAAGAGUAGUAUAAGUCACGACAAAAUCAAUUUACCUACAAUUUCAUCACUAUCCACCGAUUCAAACUUCCUUCCCUUUUUCUUAUAAUUAAUAUAUCAUAUAAUUUACCUACAAUAUAUUUUACCCUACUUAGUACUAUACUUGGACCAUCAAAUUUAACUCUCUUUACCUAUCUUAAAACAAUUACUUAUAACAGGUGAAAACAUUAAGAAAUCCCCUCCACAUCAAUAUUUACAACCUUCCAUUCCCUACUUGAUAAAAAGGAGAGCUCUAUUGGAGACAAGAAGGGAAAUUAUAUCAUUUAGGUUUUGGUUACUUUUCAUUUAUUUUCUCUUAUCUUGAAAUAUUAUUAUAUAAGGGGGUAGUAGUGAAAGAGAGAAAGAAAAAGAAAAAAAAUCUUAUUUUUGAAUGUUAUGGAUUCAGAUCAAUGUAGUAGCGGCUGUGAGUCUGGUUGGACUCUAUACUUAGAACAAUCUUUUCUUUCAAAUAGAAAUGGAAGUGGGUUCGUAAGGAAAAGUAGUAAUUUUGGGUAUAAUAAAGUUAAAGACAAAGAUGGAAUCGAACAAGUGAAUGAAGAAGAAGAAGAAGAAGACCUUUCAAUGGUUUCGGAUGCUUCUUCUGGGCCUUCACACUAUUUCCAACAUCAUCAUCAUCAUCAUCAAGAUCAACAAGUAGAUUACUCCAAUAUUAAUACUAAUAAUUAUGAAGAUAAUAAACCAUGCUUUUUUAUAAACAAUAGUAGUGUUAGUAGUAGUAGUGGUAAAAGGGGUAGUACUCACAAAAUCAAUGGAGGAAGAAAAUUGAGGGAAUCAUGUGGUACUAAAGAUGCUUUCUUAGAUGACACUGCUAGCUCUCCUCUCUUCAACUUCUCCAAUAUCGAGGACUUACCUGGGCAGACCAACAAUCAAACUGGGUCAAUGGAGAGUGUACUGGAUUAUUCACAAGGGUUCUCAGCUACUCAUUUUGAAGAGGAAAGACCUGCAUUCCAAGAUUCCUUUGGAUUUUUACAACAGUCUUCUCUAUCUGGAAACCAACAUAAGGAAACGAGUGGCCGUUUGAAGGGAAGGAGAUGGAAAUAGUACAACUUUUUUUUUUUCUUUAAUUAAUUACUCUUAAUAUGCAUGGUUUGUCUAUUAAUAUUGUUCAACUAUAGCCAUUUUAUUAGGUUAUUAAAUUAGAAUAUAUAUUAAAUUGGAUAUCAAUAAGUGAUAUCUUUUUUUUAUUUUAUUUUAUUUUGACUGUUGUCAAUGAAGUGGGAAACAACCUGAGUGAAAUAAGUUUGGGAAUUAAUAUCUUUGUUUCCAGAAUUAAAUUUCAUUGUCAAUGAACAGUGGGUACAAAA